GGACGUUUGAUGUGGUUGGUUGUCAAAGACUGUGCUGUUGUGUGUUUACAGUGAUUUAUUACCCGUUACUAUAAUCAUAAUUGCAGUAUAAGGUUUUAGGGAGUAGAUGAAGGUGACAGUAUGUCUCGCAACAAAGACAAGCACGAGGGCGCGAGUGGGCGCACAUACCAUAUCAUGUCGGAAGCAGAACGAGCCUCUGGUCGUAGAGGAGGUUGGACUACUCUUGAGGUAACAGGAGGUGUGCGCGCCCUAGCGCCGCCCCUCUUUCAGCUGACUCACUUGACAGCGCUGUAUUUGAACGACAACUCACUGCAGCGCAUCCCUACCGACAUCAAUCAACUCGUCAACUUGCACACACUGGACAUAUCCAACAAUAAACUGAGAUCGCUGCCCGUCGAGCUAGGAGACCUAAUACAGCUCAGAGAACUACACCUGCAUAAUAACUACCUAAGAGCACUGCCUUAUGAACUUGGUAGGCUCUUCCACCUCCAGUUGCUCGGGCUACAGGGGAACCCCCUGAACAAGGAGAUGCUGUCGAUAUACAACGACUCCAACGGAACCGCCAAGCUGAUCACGUACAUGCUCGACAACUUGCAAGUUUCUGCAACAUUACCGCCGCAGAGACCUUGGAUACCGCUAACGCGACCGAACAGGACUCGUCCGACUUGCAUCUUCACGGUGAUGUGCUAUAACGUGUUGUGCGACAAGUACGCGACAAGACAGAUGUACGGCUACUGUCCGAGUUGGGCGCUCGAGUGGGACUACAGGAAGAAGGGUAUUUUAGACGAAAUUAGGCAUUACUCAGCAGACCUUAUUAGUUUACAGGAAGUCGAAACGGAUCAGUUCUAUAAUUUUUUCCUGCCAGAAUUAAAACAGGACGGUUAUGACGGAAUUUUCUCGCCGAAAUCUCGUGCAAAGACGAUGUCAGAAUCGGAGAGGAAAUACGUCGACGGAUGUGCAAUAUUUUUCAGAUCUGCAAAGUUCGCAUUAGUUAAGGAGCACCUCAUAGAGUUCAAUCAGCUGGCGAUGGCCAACAGCGAGGGAUCAGACAACAUGUUAAAUCGAGUAAUGCCGAAGGACAACAUAGGUCUUGCAGCCUUAUUGAAGACUAAAGAAGCCGCCUGGGAGAAUGGUAAUGUUGCUAGUUUACCAACGGACUCGUCAAUGAUCGGCCAGCCGAUACUCGUCUGCACAGCUCACAUCCACUGGGACCCAGAGUUCUGCGACGUGAAACUCAUCCAAACGAUGAUGUUAAGCAACGAGCUCAGAACGAUCCUGGACGAUUCGGGAAGGACAUUACGUCUCGCCGGACAGAGAGACAACGUGCAGCUGUUGCUCUGCGGGGACUUCAAUUCCUUGCCUGAUAGCGGCGUGGUCGAGUUCCUGUCCGCGGGGCGCGUCUCGUCUGAGCAUCGCGACUUCAAGGAGCUCGGGUACGCGACGUCCCUGCGCCGCAUGCCCGGCUCCGAGCACGAGUUCACGCACAACUUCAAGCUGGCCUCGGCCUACAGCGAGGACAUCAUGCCCUACACCAACUACACGUUUGACUUCAAAGGUAUUAUCGACUACAUAUUCUACAGUAAACAGACGAUGACCCCCUUAGGGUUGUUGGGUCCCUUGUCGCAGGAGUGGUUCCGCGAGCACAAGGUCGUUGGCUGUCCUCAUCCGCACAUACCUUCAGAUCACUUCCCGCUGCUAGUUGAGCUGGAGAUGUCCCCUAGCACGAGCGGCAACUCGAACGGGCUGAUCGGCCGCAGGUAGCGCCGCACCAGCGCCCGCCACUGACGUCACGAGCCGUCGCCGUCGCCGUGACGUCACCGCUCGCCGCGUCCGCUGUGAACACUGACGUUUGUACCGUCGCCUUAAUCUUAAGUAUUAAUCUUGUUCGGUCCUCGAUGCGGCUCCGUAGUUGCGGUCGGAAUCCGCUAGAGGUCGUGUCGCGUUGACAGUCGCCGCCGCCGCCCGAACGUCCGCGGUUCGAUCUUGGACCUUAUUUACACGUAUCGUUUAGAAUCAUUUUUGAAUGCACACAAGAAUUUAGUAUAAUGACGAUACGACUGAACGUAACACAAAGCAAUCUGUUGUAGUAAUUAAUUAACGUGUUAAAUGAUAAUGUUACGUUGUUGAUACGGUUUAAUCAGUGUGUUGGGUAAUGUAUCGAGAUGUCACUUGUAUGUGUCCCCCGGGGGAUAGUUGUAGAAAUUGCGUGCUCGCGUGUGUGUUUGUGUGGGAGGGACGAAUUAUUAUGGACUCUAAGCGAAGGACACAACGUUCAUAACGGAGUGACAGCUGAUCAAAAACGCCGAUUAACCUAUGUAUGCAAUUACGUACUUAACUAUGUUUAGUGUGUGUGCUCUGUGUGUUUGUAACGUACUUUUCUUGGACGAUUUUUCUUAUUGCCCUCGUAGGCAGACGAGCGUACGGCCCAGCUGACGGUGAGUGGUUACCGUCGCCCGUGGACGUCAGCAAUGCCAAGCCGCUGCCUACCGUAAAUAAGUCUGUGCGGAAUAAUACGUAUAUCACUAUAUCACAUCCGAGUUGUACUUAUAUUAUUAUCCUUUACAAGAUAAUUUACAAAAGACUAAAACAAUUUUAAACAUCUACAUGUUUUGGUCUUAUUCAUGUUUAGUCAUCGAUGGUUUAUAAGCUCGUUAUAUAUAAUAUUGUUACGCACUGGGGUUCGGGAUAAAUAAAUGUUCCAACAAAGUACAAAUUAAAAACUGUAUUCAACACU